CAUGAUUGUUGUGUGGAGAUGGGCGAAGUUGCUGGUGACGUCAGACGUGUGAUAAAUAUAUGCAAACCUGGUGCCACAGGAGGCCACGGCUUGCUCUCAAGUCUGAUAUGUAUGUACUGGUGUAUGUAUGUUUAGUUAAUUGCUGCCUUCCGCCACACUAUCAGCAGCUCAUAUAUAACAACGCAUCUAACUGUCUACUACCAUCACAAAUUCAUCUUACAUAAUUAUAUAUCUACAUAAUUGGUUUUAUUAUUUAGGGGAGUUGAGUUUGUAUGUAUGUUUUGAAUUUUUAUUUUAGAUGGCGGAGACGAGUCCACACGGCGGUGAAUCGUCGCCUAAAACCGCUAUUCCUAACGGCCUCAAUCGGAUUAAGACUCGUCCACUCUCUAAACUCACCACUUUCAAAGGAAUGCGUAAAGAGAAGAAGAUACCUUUGUGGUUAAAAUCAAAUGUUGUCAAGGAUUUGGACCCAGCUGUUCUGGAUGCGGAUCCAAAUAACGAGGCACUUGACAAGAAGGGCCUCACAAGAGAAAUGUACAAGGUGCGCAAGCAUCAUACUGGAAAACAUAAAUUGGGAGAGAGAAAACACAUUAGUAAAUUGCCAAAAGGAUCAAAGAGUUUUUCACACGGACUAGGACCAAAAAGUGGCAUUCGUCUCAUUCAUCCCCGGCCUCAUAGUUUUGUUGAUUUGAAGGAGUUUUUAGGAUCACUGCGCUCGAGAUUUUCAGCUGCAAAGGAAGUGGUGAACUCUGAGCUAACUUGUUUCAUUCACGAGGUUAUGGAAGUGUUACAGAAGAAUAAUUCUAUGUCCCCAUUGGAACUACAAAUGAUUGAGGGUCUUCUCAUUCUUGCUAAACAGUGCUUAGGGAUGAACUCCUUGGAGUUCCGGUCCAAUUGUGAAAUAAUUGUCCAGGAUUUGACUCUGAAGAGGCAGCAAAAUCAGACGGGAGAUAUGAAGUGGCUCUUUACACGCAUGCUCUUCAUACUGACACGCUGUACUAGGUUAUUGCAUUUCGAGAAAGAUAGUGAACCUAUAGAUGAGAAAUCGUUCCUGAAAAUUAAAGAAUGUUUGAAAAGGGUCCCUUCUUGUGAGAUGAACUGGUUUAUGAAUACGGAGAGUGCAGAUUCUGAUUUAGAUAAUGCACCGAACCUAAGAUCUGGUGCUAAAGACAGUUUGGAGGAGAAAAAUCAGUCUGAUAUUCUCCAGUGUGAGAGUUGUUGGGGGGCGGAUGUGCCGCUUAAUGAAAGUGUUGAAAAUGUUUUAAAGGAUGUGAUGGUUGCUGAAAAGAUACCAUCUGAAGCAUCCCAUACUGAAGACCUUUCGGAUAGGAUUCAGCAGUUUCAUGAGGUUGACGAGGAUAAUCUGGGUGGCUCAGUUAAAAAUUCUGAUUCUGGUUUACUCACCGAGCCAAAUCCAAGUGUAGAUGAAUUAGAUUUAGUGAUUUGUAGGAUAUGUGAGGAAUUAGUUCCUAGCGCUCAAUUAGAGCCUCACUCUUAUAUAUGUGCUUAUGCUGACAAAUGCGACAUAACCUGUUCAAAUUUAGAUGAACGACUUCAAAGACAUGCUGAAGUCCUAGAACAGAUAUUAGAUUCACUUAAUCUAACUGUCAGUGCAACAUAUGAUAUCCCUGAAGGUUCAAUAUCACGGACUAACAAUUCAAUAGUUCCUGAAGGGUACUCUCCUAAAAUAAGUGAUUGGCAAGGUAAAGGUGCAGAAGGAAUGUUUGAUGAUAUCCACGAGAUGGACACUGCAUAUAUAGAAGAUACCCACCUGACAACUUUUUCUGGUAUCAGGGGCCAGUCAGGAUUUAAGAUAAGCCAUGGUCCACCCUCCUCUGCUGAAAGUAUGACAUCAGCAUCCUCUGCAAAUACCCCUAGAUCAGGAAGUUUUGACUUUUCAUGGAUUGAGCAUCAGAAUCCUUCUGAGCUGGAGGAUGUGCAGCAGAUGACCGACCUUGUUGAUAUUGCUCGCUGUGUGGCAGACGCAGAUCCUUCAGAAGAAAGAUUCCAUGAGUGUUUACUUGCUUGCCUUGAAGACUUGCAGGAUAUAUUACAACAUAGUAAACAUAAAGCUCUUCUAAUAGAGACAUUUGGGUGCCGAAUAGAGAAUUUGCUUAGAGAAAAGUACAUGCUUGCUUGUGAAUUAGUGGAUUCAAGAAGUGUGAAAAGUGACAGCGGAAUGUCUCCGGAUAAUACAUCUCAGAGCAGUCGGAUGUCAACUCCUAAACAUAAAGACCGAACAAGCAUUGAUGACUUUGAGAUUAUUAAACCAAUUAGCAAAGGUGCUUAUGGAAAAGUGUUUUUAGCUCGAAAGAGAACAACAGGGGAUCUUUUUGCUAUUAAGGUGCUCAAAAAAUUGGAUAUGUUGCGAAAGAAUGAUAUUGAGCGGAUAGUGGCAGAACGUAAUAUAUUGAUACGAGUUCGAAACCCUUUUGUGGUCCGGUUUUUCUACUCUUUUACCAGUAAAGAAAACCUUUAUUUGGUAAUGGAAUACCUCAAUGGAGGUGAUUUAUACUCUUUGGUCCGGAAUGUUGGUUGCCUCGAGGAAGAUGUAGCUCGUGUCUAUAUUGCCGAACUGGUUCUUGCUUUAGAAUAUCUUCAUUCUCUGGAAAUCGUGCAUCGGGAUGUGAAGCCGGAUAACAUCCUAAUCGCACAUGAUGGUCAUAUUAAACUUACAGAUUUUGGUUUAUCAAAAAUUGGCCUUAUGAAUAGAACAAAUGAUUUAUCUGGAUACGAGACAAAUGAAUAUGCACCUUUAAAAGCCAACAAUGAGAACAGUAAAAAAGGAGCAGAGGAUAGAAGUCAGCAAUCAGCUGUUGGCACACCAGACUACCUGGCUCCUGAAUUUUUGCUGGGCAGCAAGCAUGGUUAUGCUGCAGACUGGUGGUCAGUUGGAAUUAUUCUAUAUGAGUUGAUUACUGGAAUUCCCCCUUUCACUGGUGAACAUGUUGAGAUAAUCUUUGAUAACAUUCUUAAUAGGAAAAUUCCGUGGCCUCCUGUUCCUAAAGAUAUGUCCUCUGAGGCUCAAGACUUAAUUGACAGGUUGCUGCUUCUUGAUCCCAAUCAGCGUCUUGGAGCACAAGGAUCAUCAGAGGUAAAAGCACACCCUUUUUUCAGAGGAAUAAACUGGGAAAGCCUUGCUUUGCAGAAGGCUGCCUUUGUGCCACACCUGGACAGUGUAGAUGACACAAGCUAUUUUGUGUCGAGGUUUACUGACAGUUUCACGGCCAGGGAUAAUGAUCAGAACACUAGUGAUUCAGACUCUGACACUACAGACAGUUUUUUAAAUUCUGAAGGAUGUGAGAAGCUGGAUGACUGUGGUGAUCUUGCCGAGUUUGAAUCCUCUCCUCUUGAUCUUUCUUUAAUGAAUUUUUCUUUCAAGAACUUGUCUCAGUUGGCAUCCAUUAAUCGUGAAGUGGUUCUACAAAGUGGGAAGGACUCACCAAGAAGCUCAUCACCAUACAAGUGUUAACAUCAUAGAUUGGUGCUGGACCUGGAACCAUGUUUUUACUAGAAUGAGGACACUUGAUAAAGGCAGGCUUAGAAUCAAAAUGACUUGAAGGCUCAUUUUAUUGAAAACUACUUGCGUAUAUUGAUAGUGUGUCAUUUACUGAUACUAACAACAUAUCAAACAGUCUAUUGUAAAUUGAAGUCUUGGUAAAACUCUAUUAUUAGAAAGGGGAUAGGGGUGUAAGUUUAUCUGAAUGAUUUUGUUCUGGGAUGGGAAGAUAUCGGCUUAUUUGAAGCAAGUGGUGGACAAAAAUAUAUUACUUGCACAUAUGACAAUAGAAGAAUAGAGUGCAGAGACCUCAACGAUGACUGUACUGCGGAAAAGUUUGCCGUUUUUGACAAGUGCUGUAUUUAGCAAGAAAUAGGUGUACCAAACCGGUGAACCUGGUCGCUGGAAGUCUAAAAUAGGACCAAGUUUGUUUAGUGAAGAAAGCUGGUUAAGGAUGCAGAGACGAUGAAUUUAUGCUGUGUUGUAUAAUCCAUUAGUAUGUACUGGAAUUGUUUAUACAUAAUAAACGAGUUGAGUUGAACAUUA